AUGGCGAUCUUGACUGACACGAAUACUCCGGCACGCCUCGCGGCCAAGGGAGCCCAGGGUGUGUACAAGGAACAUCUGCCCAUCUCCUACGACAAAGAUGCCGAGGAGGGUCGGAAGGGAUACCCCGCCGCCAAAUAUCCACACUACCUGCCCACCUGGGAUCCUGCACAGAAAUUUCCUCCCCUGGAGCCCUUUGAGCAUCACGACCCCGGUCUCGAUGCCGACCCGAGCUACUCGGAGCUGCUGCCCCCUGGGGUACAAGUCACUCACUUGACGCCGACCAUUGGCACGGAGAUCCGCGGCAUACAGCUGAGCCAGCUCUCUGCUGCCGGUAAGGACCAGCUCGCGCGCUAUGUGGCUGAACGCAAGGUAGUCGCUUUCCGAGCGCAGGACUUUGCCUCCUUGCCCAUCGACAAGGCAGUCGAUUUCGCACGCUACUUUGGACCGCUGCAUAUCCACCCAACUUCGGGCUCUCCCGAGGGUUUCCCCGAGGUCCAUCUGGUGCACCGCGCGGCGGGAGAUCGCAGUGCACAAGCCUACCUGCAGACGCGGACCACCUCGGUCGCCUGGCACUCGGAUGUUUCUUACGAAGCCCAACCCCCUGGCACUACCUUUCUCUACAUUCUCGAGAAACCCGAGGCGGGCGGAGAUACCCUGUUUUCCGACACUGUUCAGGCCUAUCGCCGCCUGAGUCCCGCCAUCCAGGAACGCCUACACGGACUGGAGGUGGUGCACUCCGGCGUUGAACAGGCAAACACCAGUCUGUCUCGUGGAGGCAUCCUACGCCGGGACCCCGUGGUUUCAACACAUCCUAUUGUGCGGACUCAUCCGGUUACGGGAGAGAAGGCAUUGUUCGUUAAUCCACAGUCUGGACGGGAAGUCGUGGGCCUCAAACAAGAGGAGAGCAGCAUGCUACUCAAAUUCCUCUACGACCACAUUGCGUCGGGCGCGGAUUUCCAGGUGCGUGUUCGUUGGGAGGAAAAUAGCGUAGUCGUCUGGGACAAUCGGGUUACCCAGCACACGGCACUGAUUGAUUGGUCGGAUGGUCAAAGGCGUCAUAUUGCGCGGUUGGCACCCCUAGCGGAGAAGCCUUACGAGACUCCUUUUGCCGAGAUCUAG